AUGGAUGUUUUAAGCUUGACGAUCAGCCCGAACUCCACUUUGAACGACUGCAAGACCAUUUGGUUGAACAUUGAUGUGAUAUUGGAUUUGAGCAGUGCUGGUGCCACAAUUGCUGUUGCAAAGAAUGUUGAAUUGUUAGCUGAUCUAAACCGCAAACAUACUAUUGAAGGCGAACCCAUCUUCAAGAUUAGAAUGCUUCAUCAGGAGGAUAACAAUAAAUAG